AUGGACGUUGGCAUUGUUGGACUUGGUGUCAUGGGUGCCAACCUGGCACUAAACAUUGCAGAGAAAGGGUUUCACGUUGCGGUAUUCAAUCGCACAUACUCCAAGGCGGAGAGUUUUAUUAAAGAGCAUGCCUCGGCUCCUUUUGCGGCAAAUCUUAAGGCAUAUGAGACGAUGAAUUCUUUUAUUAUGGCCAUUAAAAAGCCGCGCAAGAUAUUUAUUCUUGUUCAGGCUGGCGCUGCUACUGACGCGACGAUUGAGCAAUUAAAGGGCGUUCUGGAGAAGGAUGACAUUAUUGUGGACACGGGUAACGCUCACUUCAAGGAUCAGACCCGCCGAGCCGAACAACUGGAGGCAGCAGGUCUGCGUUUUCUUGGAAUGGGCAUUUCCGGUGGGGAAGAGGGCGCCCGAAAAGGCCCUGCCUUUUUUCCCGGUGG